GCUGUGAAUCAUUCACUCACAUUUUCACAUUUUAACCAAAAAAAUUUUUUUUUCUCAGUGCUCAAGCCAAAGUUACAAAUAGUUUUAAUUUAUCCAAAGUAAAUUGACCAAAAAAAAUAAAUAUAAUAAGAAAAACGAAUUUUUGUUCAAGUUGUUGUAUAGUUAAAAAACGAUUUUCUAGAAGAAAAAAAAAUUGAACAAAAAAUUAAAUAGAAAAUUUGUUUAAAAAAUCAAAUUGUGUUGAGAAGUGAAAAUAAGCGAAUUAAAACCAAAUCGAAGAAGAAGAAAAAAAAUGUCUUCAGACAAGCAAUUAUCGCCGGAAGAAUAUUCAAAUUGGGAUGGAUCGGUGUCGGAAAAUACACAAAAUCAGGCGAAAAAAGUGUGUUUUAUUUGCGGUAGUCACACAACAUUGAUAAUCAAUAUUCAUGAGCCGCGCCGUGGUCCAAAUAUGGUCGAUGUGAUAAGUGAAAAAUUCAAAAUGCGACCACUCAACGAUGAUAAAUACUUAUGCUACAGUUGCAAUAAUUGGCUAAUCAAUUGGUACACCGUACAAAAGAAAAACGAUGAUAGCAGUCACGAAGAUUCACAAACCACAUCAUCAACAAUGUCAGCAGCAAUUACAACAAAUGCACGCGAACAAACCGCAACAAAAACAAGUGAUGAUCGUGAACAAUUUGGUCGAAAUGAAUUGAUAGUAGUCAGUGAUGAUGAAGAAAUGGAACAUGAUGAAAAUGUGGAUGUGAACAAUGUAAUUCAAACGCUGAGAAAUCGACUGAAAAAAUAUCUCUACUAUCCAAAUAGAAAUCAGUGUGAAAAGGGCAAUGAUCUUGAUGAAUUUCCUCAAUCUACAACCGUCAUCGAAUUGAAUGAAACGCCGGAUAUUCGAAGGAAUUGUGAACGUUGCGGAAAAUUAAUUAAAAAACAUUUGAAUCGACGUAGACAACGAAUAUUUUGUCGAAGCUGUAGGUUUUCAUUGAGACGUAAUGAAAACCGUACAGUACAUCAACGAAGUUCAACAUAUCACCUAAUGCGGUCACAACGAAAAACUCAGAUUUCGUCGUUGUUGCCACACAAACGAUUGGACACAUCAAGUUUGAAUAAUCGCACCAAUAUUUUUAAAAAAUUACAACAAUUGGGCACAUCAAUUUACUACGAAAAUGAGUACAAAGAAAAACAACAAGAAUUAAACCAGAUGACAUCGAUACCACAUGAAAUUGAUACGAACAAUGCACACAGUAGAAAUGUUUGGAAGCAACCAACUGCAAAUGAAUCGAACGAAAUCCUUAUGACAUUUAACACCGUUCUUACCGAAGUAUUUCCGAUCGAACAAUUGUAUGACUAUUAUGAUCGAACGCAUGAUCAAAUACAAAAUAAACCACAAAACGACUUCAAUAUUCAAGAUAUUUUAAGGAAUGUACCAAAAUCAUUGACGAUUACGAUCGCGUAACGAAUAUUUACGCGUUACACAUACUAUCAAAGACUGUUCGUAUUCAUGUAAUCCAUCGAAACCGCUUACUCAUUAUUUUUAAAAGAUUCUGCAUAAUUUUUUUCGAAUUUUUUAAUCAAUUUAAAUCGAGUAGAAGUUAACUGAAAUUGCAUUUGGCUAGAAUUAUUAAAUAUUAAUUGGGAUAGAUUUCAGCUAUUUUGUGGAUAAAAAUUUGAUGUUGUUUUGUUUGUAACAUGAGUUUGUAUUAAAAUAAAUAUUUAUCUUCUGAUAAAAUACCCGUGUACAAAAAAAGUGACUGACUAUUU